AUGACGAAGAGUGAAAGAAGAAAGGAAAAGAGAGGAGAAGAGGGAGAAAGACUUUUGAUUGGAAGAGAAAGGAAAGGGAAGAUAGAGGAGAGAAGAAGAAGAGGGAUAGAAAGAUAUGUUAAGAUAGAGAGUGUGAGAAAAGCGUAUGAAAAGAGAGGGAUAAAAGAGUUAUUUGAGUGGCAAGAGGAAUGUUUAAAAGAAAAAGGGGUUAGAGAAGGGGAAGAGAAUUUAGUGUAUAGUGCGCCAACGAGUUCAGGGAAGACAUUAGUGAGUGAGAUUUUAAUGAUAGAACGAUAUUGUCAAACACAAAAGAAAAUGAUAUAUAUAGUACCAUAUGUUUCAAUGGCACAAGAAAAAGAAGAAUAUUUUAAAGAAAUAUUAGAAAGUAUAAAGAUAAAUAUUAAAGGAUAUUUUCAAAAUCGAAAGAUAGAUAAAGAAUUUGAUAUUGGGAUAUUUACAAUUGAGAAAGGGAAUGGAAUAAUUAAUAAAAUGAUUGAAGAAAAAAGUAUAGAAGAAGUAAGUAUAAUAAUAAUUGAUGAAAUUCAUAUGGUAUUUGAUAAAAAAAGAGGACAAAUAAUAGAAAAGAUAAUAAAUAAAAUAGGAAGUUUAGAAAAAAAGAUACAAAUAAUAGGGAUGAGUGCAACAAUAAAAAACAUUUCAAUAUUUGAGAAAUGGAUAAAAGCAAAAACAUAUGAAAGUACAUAUAGACCAAUUAAAAUAGAAGAAUAUAUUGUUUGUAAAGGAAAAGUAAGAAAUAAAGAAGGAAAAAUAGAAAAGAUAUUAAAAGAAGAAGGAGAUAUAGAAAAUAUAAUUGAAAUAACAGAAGAAGCAAAAAAAGAAGGAAAAGGAGUAAUAUGUUUUUGUUCAACAAAAAAAGGAUGUGAAAAAAUGGGAAAAGAAAUUGUUAAAAGAAUAGAAAAAAAGAAAAUAGAAGAAAUUAAUAAAGAAAUAAAAGAAGAAAGAAUAGAAAUGAUUAAAGAAAUGGAAAGAAGUAAAUUUGGAAUAGAAGAAGAAUUUAAAAAUAUGAUUAAAUAUGGUAUUGUUUAUCAUCAUUCAGGAAUAACUAUUGAAGAAAGAGAAAUAAUAGAAAAAUCAUUUAAGAAAGGAAUUAUUACAUUAAUUAUUGCUACAAGUACAUUAGCACUUGGAGUAAAUCUUCCAGCUAGUCGUGUAAUUUUUGAUAAAGCAAAAAUUGGAAAAGAAUAUUUAACUAAUACUCAAUAUCAACAAAUGAGUGGUAGAGCAGGAAGAUUUGGAAUUGAUGAGAAAGGAGAAAGUUAUAUUUUUUGUAAAGAAAUAGAAAUACCUAUUAUACAAAAUAUUAUGAAAACAAUAAAUAAUAACAAUAAAGAAAUUAAAGAAGAAAAACAAGAAAUAAAAGAAAUAGAAGAAGAAAUAGAAGAAAUAAAAGAAGAACAAGAAAUACAAGAUAAAGAAGAUAUUUUAGAAGGAAUUUAUAAUGGAAUAAUUGAAAAUAAAAAAGAUAUUGAAAAAUGGAUUGAAAAAACACUUUAUUGGUAUAAAAAUAAAGAAAAAAAAGGAGCAGAAGAAUGGAAAAAAAUAUAUAGUGAAAAAAUAAUUAAUAUAUUAAAAAAUGAUGAAGGAUUAAUUGAAGAAAUAGAAAAUGAAAAAGGAGAAAAAAAAAUUAAAUGUAAUCAAAUAGGAAGAGCUAUAGUAAAAGGAGGAAUGGGAAUUAAUAAAAGUAAAGAAAUAUAUUUUAAUAUUAAUGAAGGAUUUUUAAAAAAUAAUAAUAAUAUAAUAAAUAAAGAAAUUUAUUAUUUAUAUUUAGGAAUUAAUUAUGAUAAUGAAAUAAAUUGGAAUUGUUUUGAAAAAAAAUUAGAAGAUAUUGAAGAUUUAAAAAAUAAAAAAAUUAAUUUAUAUAAUGAAUUUAAAGAAUUAAUGAAUAUUAUUGGAAUUAAUCCUGUAUUUAUUUGUUAUAUGGAAACUAUGAAAAAUGUUAAAUUAUCUAAUAAAAUUAUUAAUAAAAUUUUUAUUCAUAAAAAAUUUUAUUAUUUAAUUAUUUUAUAUGAAUUUAUUAAUGAAAAAAAUAUUCUUCAAAUUAUCAAUGAAAUGGGAAUUACUAGAGGUAUUUUACAACAAUUACAAAAUAAUACUAUUACUACUUUAAAUAUGAUUAUUCAAUUCUCUAUUGAAUUAAAUUAUUUUGAUCUUUCUCAAAAUUUAAAACUUUUAAUAGACCGUAUUAAAUUCGGUGUUCGUACUGAUAUUCUUCAAAUCAUCCAUUUAGAUGGUAUCUCUAUAAAAAUCGCUCGUACUUUCUUUCUUUUCGGUCUUAAUAAUAUCUCUAAAAUCGCUCAUACUUCUUUUCUUGAUAUUUUUUCUAUUAUUCAUCAUUCUUCUUCUCAUUCUUCUUCUUCUCAUUCUUUACUUCAACUACAAACGGACUUAGAAAUUACUGAAAGAAUAUUACAAAGUGCACAACAAUUAAAUGUCUUAAAUCAUUCUCUUUCUUAUUAUUUUCUUUCUUCUUUCUCUUUUUUUUAUUAA